AUGGCCUCAGGUCCCACGGGAGCAGUUGAGCUGUGUGAGAGGGUGAAGAAGAGGAAGUGUGGGGCCGAGCGCCGGGAGAUGCUUCCAAGAAACACAACCACAACAACAUCCAAUUCCACCCGUAAUGGCAACAAUACAAGAGAAGAUGUUUCAUCCCCCAGCCCCUAUAUCCUUCCCACUGUGCUGGUUCUGUUCCUGCUGCUGCUCAUCAUCGGACUCCUGGCGUGGUACUUCCUCAGAUAUCAGCUAAUGAGUAAAAUUAGCUUCGGCAGCUUCAGAUGGUUAAAAAACCAGAGAAAGGCCGUCGUCACAACAGUUGACAAGAAAAUACCAAAUGGCAUCCUGGAGGAACAAGAACAACAGACGGUGGUCCUUUUGCCAAGAUCUCCCUCAGCCUCAAAGACCUACUUUCCUUUACCAGUUGAUCAGCUCGAGGAGGAGUACAGACUCCGAUCCGCUGAUGAUGGCAAGCUCUUCAGGGAGGAGUACAAUUCUUUGCCAGGGGGUAAUGCCCAAGGGACCUACGAGGAGGCCAGCAAGGAUGAAAACAAGGAGAAGAACAGAUACCCUAACAUCCUUCCCUAUGAUCAUUCCAGAGUGGUGCUGACUCGGCUGGAUGGGAGUCCCUGUUCAGACUAUGUUAAUGCAUCUUAUGUUGAUGGUUACACGGAAAAGAACAAAUUCAUAGCUGCACAAGGUCCAAAGGAAGACACCGUGGCAGAUUUUUGGAGGAUGAUAUGGGAGCAGAAAGUAGCAACUGUCGUUAUGCUGACAAAUCUGAAAGAAAGAAAAGAGGAUAAGUGCUACCAGUACUGGCCAGACCAGGGAUGUUGGACCUAUGGGAAUGUGAGGGUGGCAGUUGAAGACUUCACUGUUCUGGUGGACUACACAAUACGCAAGUUCUGCGUACAAUAUCAAGCCAGCGAUGCUGCCAAGACUCCCCGUCUGGUCACCCAGCUUCAUUUCACCAGCUGGCCUGACUUUGGAGUUCCCUUCUCCCCCAUUGGUAUGCUCAAGUUCCUCAAAAAGGUCAAGGCAGUGAAUCCACCUUUCGCUGGGCCUAUUGUGGUCCACUGCAGCGCUGGUGUAGGGAGGACGGGAACCUUCAUUGUUAUCGAUGCCAUGAUUGACAUGACGCAUGCUGAGAAGAAGGUCGAUGUGUUUGGAUUUGUCUCCAAGAUCCGAGAGCAGCGCUCACAGCUCAUCCAGACAGAUAUGCAGUACUCAUUCAUCUACCAAGCCUUGCUUGAAUACUACCUCUACGGAGACACGGAGCUGGACGUGUCGUCUCUAGAAGGACAUCUGCACAAACUGCACAACACAUUUGCCACAGGGGACCGGGUUGGUCUGGAGGAAGAAUUUAAAAAACUGACUAAUAUGCGAAUAAUGAAGGAGAAUAUGAGAACGGGGAACCUCCCAGCCAACAUGAAGAAGAACAGAGUUCUGCAAAUUAUUCCAUAUGACUUCAACAGAGUUAUUCUCUCCAUGAGACGAGGUCAAGAGUUCACAGACUACAUAAAUGCAUCCUUUAUAGAUGGAUACAGACAGAAGGAUUACUUCAUUGCUACACAAGGACCUCUACUUCACACUGUGGAGGAUUUCUGGAGAAUGGUGUGGGAGUGGAAAUGUCACUCCAUUGUCAUGCUCACUGAACUCCAGGAGAGGGAGCAGGACAAAUGUUGCCAAUACUGGCCCACAGAGGACUCCAUUACCUAUGGAGAUUACACCGUAGAGCUAAAGGGAGACACGUUGUGUGAAACCUUCAGCCUACGAGACUUGGUACUCACCUUUGUUCCGGAGAAGCAGACAAGGGUGAUCAGGCACUUCCACUUCCACGGCUGGCCAGAGAUUGGAAUCCCGGCUGAGGGGAAAGGCAUGAUCGACAUCAUAGCCUCGGUGCAGAGACAGCAGCAGCAAUCUGGGAACCAUCCUAUAGUCGUACACUGCAGCGCUGGUGCAGGGCGAACCGGUACGUUCAUUGCACUGAGCAAUAUCUUAGAGCGAGUCAAAGCAGAGGGCCUGCUGGACGUGUUCCAAACUGUGAAAAGUUUACGCAUGCAGAGGCCUCAUAUGGUCCAAACUGUGGAACAAUAUGACUUCUGCUACAGGGUGGUACAAGACUUUGUUGACAUUUUCUCAGACUAUGCCAAUUUUAAAUAAAAAUCUGCCUUAAACAUGGUUUUUAAUGUUAUCUUCUAAAGCAUAUGUACAGCAUAUGUCAGUUUUGCGUUUCGUUAACUUGUUCAAAUGAUAUUCUAUUUUGCUAUGCACUUGUCCUGCCAUUAACUGAAGCUCCUUUCUUGCUGUAAUAUGCGGUAUGUCUGAGGAUGGAAAAUGUAAAUUAAACAAGCUAGAUUAAUAAUGCAUAUUUCAUAAGUAUGUUAAUUAUUUUGUCAUGAAUUGUAGCUUCAAAGUUGGCCUCUGAAACCUGUUUUGUUGUAUAAUAUUGUAUUUUAAGUGUUUAAGUGUAUUAUUUUGGAUGAAAUUUUUUUAAAGGUUGUACUAACUGUAAAUGUAUUUAUGUAUUGACAGUGUCAUUCCUUUCUUGUGUUUAGAGAACAUGAUGUUAAUGUAAGUCUCUUUUUGUUAACUGUAAGAAAACAUCUUUUUUUUAUGAGAUACUAGAGUCCCCACUUCUCUCACAAAACAAGCUCAACAUGAAUGUGAUGAUAUCUGACACGGAUUUAGUUAGCAAAAGAAUGGAACAUUUUCAGCUAUAAUGUCAAGAACAUAAAGUUAUGCAACAAAGAUGGAGGUAACAGUACUGGAGUUGACUUUAAAAAACGGAUUCAGCCAGAUUUCUAUGAGUAGUGAAAGACUGUUGAAAUGGAUUUGGACUUAACAAGAGUCAUAUGCAACAACAUUUAACAUGGAUGUAUUGUUAUAAAGUUUGCCUUUUGUUUGUAUAUGGCAAAAAAUACUUUGCUAAAAUGACUGCACAUUCAAAAGCACAUAAAAAGCCUUUGCCAAGAACCUGUAACAUUGAUGAAAAUGUUUAUUGCUUUAUUUGUAUUAGAGAUUAGAUUUUUCACAAGUUGUGCCAUAUACGUUUGAAGUCAUGAAAGAGAGAAACAACCCCUUAGUUCAUGGUAGUGUAAAGUCAAAUUAAACUAAGAAAAUAUAGGUGGCCGCCAGAUACGGGGGGGUCAGAAGAAUUUAAAGUAUGCGCAGUAAAAACACAGGAAAUAAAUAAAAGUGUAAGUAGUCCAAAGGCUUAAAAGGCCCAAAAGACUUUAGAAAAAUAAGACAAAUCUGGUGCUUCAGUGUUUGCAUAAACCCAGAGAAACACAAAACAAAUAAAUAAAUUCCAAGCUUUCAAAGUUUAAUUUAUUUUUCAUAUUUAAAAUAAGAUUAAAUAUAAGUUUAGCUAAAGUGUUCUGGUAUUUUCUUUCAUUUUGUAUAGAGGAAGCAUAUUGAUUUAAAUAAAAUAUAUUAAGUGGUAGUUAUCUUGCAAAGUAUUGGAAUGCUUUAAAAUGAGUAACUGCUCCAUCUGGUACUCAAACAUAAAAAAUGUUUUAUUUUUGUGUUUCGAUACAACACGUGACAAAGUGCUUACUUUUUGUAAGUCAACAAGCAGCAAGGAACUGUGAAGUGAAUAGUCAUAUCCUGUGCUAUCUGUAUGUGUUUUUGGCAAAUAUGAGUGGCAGCACAACAAGAAACAGAACUUAGAACAAGAAGGGUCUAAUAUUUUUCAAAACUCUUUUUUCCCUUUCUUUAAAAUCCACACUGUCCUAUUGAGAAUUGUGAAGAGGGUCUGUUUAUACUCCAGCCCUUUGCCUUUGCUCUUUCUGUGGGUGGUCUAUCCCUUUUUGGACUCUCAGUGUCUUUAAAAUGCAAGUUGCAAUAUUAAAUGAAUCUGA